AUGAGUGGUGGGCAAACAUCGGCGCUGCCGCUUAGGCCGCCUCGACCUUCUGAUCCUCCUGUCGCAGCACCGAGGACGGAGAAACGAGAUAUUGAAGCUGUCAAAAUCAAUGGGAGCAUCCAGCCUACCACGGCUGGCGCGGAAGAGCACGAACUUGACGUGUGGUCAACUGAGGCAGUGACCAGACUUCGGCAGGAGAUAACGGCUGAAUCCAGAGCUUUAAAGGAACAAAAACGAGAGAUUACCGGUAUGUAUCAAAUUGCAACCUGUAAAUACUCGCUGCAUGCCUACUUUGCAAUCAGGGCCAUGCCGGAGGACGAAAAAGCGGUAAUGGAAGCGUAUUUGGGGCGAAGACUUGAACUUCCUACUCCUCCCAAAUUUCUAAGCUGUACAGCUACAGCUAACAAGAAAGCGGCCCUGUUGUCACUUCUUCAGACACACAUAGAGGCAACGCUCAUCGUCGAUGUACCAGCUCACUUUCGACUCGGUAAAGGUAUACCGCGCCAGUCGGUACUAAGGGAAAUGGCAGCAAGCAAUACGACUACGGCUGAAGACAAGGCCAAAAUGAAGAGAUUUCUCUAA